AUGGCGGAUUUGGUUGCUCGUUAGCUGGAUGAGCAUUUUCAGUUUGAAGAUACAGAAAAAUGUCGCAUUACCUAGUUGAAGUACCGAAAGAACCUCCGUUAAAAGGAUGCUGGAUUUUAAUUGCUGCCAAGAACUGGAUAUAUGAAGAUGUUUUGUAUACACCAGACAAUUCUUAUUCUCAUGCCUAUAAACUUAGCUUGCUCAAAGAUGGAAAGGACCCAGACAUUAUUACUUGGGAACGCAGUCAUUCUUUCAAAGUGAUCCACCAAUUUGACUCAUAUGAAGAGGCCAGAGAAAAUGUGCCACGAGCUGAGAAAGGCUUACCAAUUUUCACCAGGUCAUCUGAUAUUGGAAGAGGUCAUCUUCAAAGGAUAGAAAAAAGUUUGAAGCUGCCUGGGGAACUUUCUACAAGUGAACAAGAGAGUGAACAAGAAGAGGACAGUUUAACUCAAACCAAAAAGUCAACGGUGAAGAAGAAAAGUACACCUGUUAAAAGAAAAUCUUCAUCUGAAACUACCAAGCUUCCUUUGCCACCUCCUACGAUGAGAAGCAAAAGUAAGAAUGUCACGCCAAACAGCAGUAACAAAAUUGCAAAAUCCACUGUGAAAAUACCAUCAGUUGGAACUGCACUUGCCGGGCCAUCCGUACUAUCAGAUAAAAAAAAAGAUAGGUGGAAUGCAGUCAACAAUGUUAGGAGCUGUUCAACCCAAGUGAUGUCUUUCUAGAAAAGUAAUGAGAUCCAAGAAAAGCAGUAUGAUAAUGAUUAGCACAUUGACAGUGACAGUAGCGAAGAAGUCACGCCAAACAGCAGUAACAAAAUUGCAAAAUCCACUGUGAAAAUACCAUCAGUUGGAACUGCACUUGCCGGGCCAUCCGUACUAUCAGAUAAAAAAAAAAAGAUAGGUGGAAUGCAGUCAACAAUGUUAGGAGCUGUUCAACCCAAGUGAUGUCUUUCCAGAAAAGUAAUGAGAUCCACGAAAAGCAGUAUGAUAAUGAUAUGCACAUUAUUGACAGUGACAGUAGCGAAGAAGAUUUUCCAGGGAACACUCAUGGCGAUACAAACGAUAUGCAAAGUAUCCCACCUUACAGGAAUGAUUCGCAAAUGAUGACCAUUUACACUCCCCAGCCAACGCCAUCACCAAGUCCUUUUGUGAGCCGUCGGACAACAGUCAACAAUAUUCGGGAAAUUAUAAAAAGAAUGUUGACAAGGGUGGUAUGGUUGCCAAAGUCGUCCUGACAACUUUGGCCCAAAUGAAUGAGAAGUUAUCUGUUCUCGAAAAAACCAUGGCGAAACCUGUAGCUGAAGUUUCAGAAGACGAAGAUGACGAUCUUGCUUUUCUUCCGGUUAAAAGCAUUGGUGAUUUCGAGAAAUUCGAGAGAAAUCUGAAACAAAACAAGGACGUUUUCAGGAAAUUGGUAUCCAUGAUUACCAGAUUGGGAAAAAGAAAUACCAAAAACUCACAAGGCGAUUAUGUAAGAAGGGCGUGGGGAUGCGUUAUCGCAAACUCUGUAGCUAAAGAGUUAAAUUGGCUGGGUCGACCAGAUAAGCGGGUAAAUAAUGGAUUGGGGAAACGAGGAAUUAAGGAGUCCCUAAUCACCAAGGCCAUCCAAAGAGGAAUAUCAAGCAAUAAAGACUUUGAGAUGGAGAUAUCAGCUUUUGAAUGCGAAACCAAGACAUUUCUGAAGAAUUCGAAAGCAACUUAUGACCGAAAAGCAAAUGCUCCAGGAAAAGAUGGAGAAGACAGCGAAGACACAACUGAAAAUUACUGAUACCAGAAGGAUUGAAAAUUAUUACCAUAAAAAAUGCAGAAGUCAAAGUCAGCAAGUAGAACCUACCAACCUGGAUUUAAUAUCAAGAAAAUGUUAAUUUUAGUUACGUUUUUUAUGAAACAUAUGUACUGUGCCACUGUGGUAUUCUCAGAAAGCGUUGACAUUAAUGUGCGUGUAUUUAAUACAGAUUUGUUUUCUAAUGAAAUUUUAUU